CGAGAGAAGAGGCCGACCCCCAGCUCGCUACAACCUCCUUCAGGAAGAUAUAGAGAGCAAUGAGGUCUCCCCUGAGACCUUAGGUAUACACAGGAAAGUCUGAUAGUAACAAGAAAUUUCAACAGAAAUCCAGCUGCAGUUCUCACAUAAUGCUAAUAACAAUAGCCGACUUAGUUGUCAGGAUGCACAUUUUCCUGAGCUAACAAGGUAGGACCAGCAGGAAGCACAGCUGCAGAGAUGGGAUUUGAUGGUGCCAGAUGCGCUGCCGCCAGCAUGGCAAAGGCUGGGGCUUUGAUGUCUGACUGCACCCUGCAGGAGGGCCUGACCGACCGGCUUCCCCACAUCUCACUCAGGAGUGACUCAAGGUUAAGGUGUAAAUAAAGCAUGCUUGUUUAUAGCAUGUUUUAAUUGGUGUGGACUUAACUGAUUAGUGAUCUGGCCUGAUCUAAGGUUGUUUUUUUUUUUUUUUCCCAGCAUUGGAAGUAUGUAUUUACCUAUAUGGACCUAGAACUAUUUCAAAAGAAUUAGUUUAUUCUAAUUUGUAGAAAUGUGAUUUUUUUUUUUCUUAUGUUGAGGUGUUGCAGUGUGUUGUACUAAGAGAUUACAUAGACUGCACUCAGUGGGGAAUGGGACACAAUUCCCAAAGUGUUCUGAGCUGAGCUAGAACUAUGCAGGUGAGCCAAGUCAAAGGGUGGGAUAAUGCCAUGAUUCAUAGAAUCGUUUGUGUUGAAGGGGGUCUUAAAGGUCUUCUAAUCCAACUCCUCUGAAACGGAUGGGGACAUCUACAGUUGUCUUAUUAAAUGAGAGAAUGUAGAUCUUUGAGCUUGAGAAUGUCCAGGAAGCAUGGGAAUGAGUGAGGGAGGUGAACUCCUUCUGUGAUCAAACUAAUGGGAAAACAUAUCAAUAAAUGCUGCAGAUUUUAUGAUGAAAUCUAGGAAACAGCAAAGAUGAGCAAUGGAGUCUGUGUACACAAACACAAAAGAAGCAAAUGGGGAAUAAGGUCUGUGGAUUGCUCAGAUAAGGUGUAUGACAUAGGAACAGAAACGUGGGAGAAGUGUCAUCAAAGUGCACGAAGCAAAGGAAGUGCUAGGAGGAAAACAAAACUAGGAAAAAUACUUUCUUUCUCCAGGACUCAGAGUGAUUAAGUCCCUCCUGAAAAGAAACUUUGGUCAUCACUGUGGAAUUCCUGGUAUGAGAAUGCAGACGGUCAGAGUAGAGAGUGGAUCCUUGCUGAACAACUGUAAUCAUGAAGGCAGUUCUUAUAAUUGUCCUAAUCAUCUUCACUUUGCUGUGUUCAGGGAAAAAGUUUCGAUGGUGCACUCUCUCUGAUCUAGAACAGAGAAAGUGUGCUGAGCUGUCCAAAGCACUGACAGCUGUGCUGCCUGUCACUAACAGCGAUUCAUUUGCCAGGAUUUCUUGCAUCAGAGCCCACAAUACUUAUGACUGCAUUGAUAAAAUCAGAGUGAAUAAAGCAGAUGCUGCUUCUCUGGAUGCAGGAGAUGUUUACUCUGCUGUAAAGCUGUAUGGUUUGACUGUUGUGGCAAAGGAGGUCUAUGAACAGGGAAAUUGUGUUUUUGCUGUGGCUGUUGCCAAACGAGGAACUUUGGAUAUCCAGAGGCUACGAGGUGUGCGCAGCUGCCACAAUGGAGCCAGAUGGACCUCAGGCUGGAAUAUUCCACUUGGAUUUCUCCUUGCAAGGAAUGAUCUUUCCUGGGAUGAGGCACAACCCCUGAGCCAAGUAAUCAGUGAGUAUUUCAAUGCAAGUUGCAUCCCUGGAGUUGGUGUUACUGCUCCUCAGCUGUGUGCUCUCUGCCAAGGACAAAAGUCAUAUGUCAGAGACAAGAACCACUUCUGUGAGACCAGCAGCAACGAACCCUUCUAUGACUCUGAUGGAGCCUUCAGGUGCUUGAAGGAUGGAGUUGCAGAUGUUGCCUUUUUAGAUCACCUGACAAUUAUGAGAGCCACAGAGUCAGAACAACAAGAAUAUGAACUCUUAUGUCCUGAUGGGACUACAGCUGAGCUGAGCAAAUACAACACCUGUAAUUUGGGCAAGGGACCUGGCCGUGGCAUCAUCACCCGCCACAACUUCCAAAAGAUCACCAACAAAUUUCUUACCAUGAUCCAACGUCUCUUUGGUCAAAAAGGAAAGGAAAGAGCCAGAUUUGAACUUUUCAAUUCAUCAUCCUUUGGAGGGAAGAACCUUCUCUUUCGAGAUGCCACUCAGCACCUGCAACUUCUUGAGGAACAGCUAGAAAUUGCAUAUGUCCUUGGUCUGGAUUAUGUAGCUCUCCUUAAGGGACUAGGUCAUGAAGGGAGCUCCUUGGGCAACAGUGUUGUGCGCUGGUGCUGCAUCAGCAAUGCUGAGCUUCGCAAAUGUGAGGAGUGGGCACUGAGCAUCAAAUCUGACCCAUUAGUCUGCAUCCAAGCAACUUCCAUGGCAAGCUGCAUUGAAAUGAUCAAGAGUAGUGAGGCUGAUGCAGUCACUUUGGAUGCAACCCAUAUCUACAUUGCAGGGAGGUGUGGAUUGGUGCCUGUAGCUGCAGAAUGUUAUGGGCUGGAUUGUGCUCCAGCUGAUGAGAGCACAGAGGAAAUUAGCAAACUUCAUCUAAAGCACAAAGGACUGUCACCUGUUUAUGCUGUAGCCCUAGCUAAGAAAGCUGCCAAACAGAUUAACAUCCAUAACCUUCGGGGAAGGCGAUCAUGCCACAGCCACUUGUAUAGUCCUGGAGGAUGGCUACUUCUUUCCAGAUAUACAGUGGGAGCUCUGGAAGAUAUUACUGAAAAUUGUGAUAUUGGAUCUGCUUACCAGAAUUACUUUUGGAAAGGCUGCAUGCCAGGAGCAGAUGGAAAUCUGUGCAAAGUGUGCAUUGGAGACAGUGAGGUGGAAGGAGCUCGAGUAUCCAGCAGAUGUGCUGCCAAUCACAAUGAACACUACUAUGGCAAUAUGGGAGCACUCAGGUGCUUAGUUGGCAAUCCCAGUGGAAGAAGCUUUGGAGAUGUAGCUUUUCUGGAACACUCAAACCUACUCUGGAAUAUAGAGAAUCUGAAAAGCUCUGGUUGGGCAAAAGGUUAUACAGCUGUUGACUUUGAACUCUUGUGUCCGGAUGGAACGCGUGCUGCAGUCACAGAAUGGGCUGGCUGCAACCUUGGUCCUAUUCCUCCCAGCACAGUCAUGACUCGACCAGUCACUGUCACUAAAAUCUAUGACUUUCUAAUGAAAUCUCAGGAAUUUCUGGAGACCAAGGUGGAUUCUGAAUUCCAUCUCUUUCAGUCACAAAAAUAUGGUGAGAGUGAUCUGCUUUUCAAAGAUGCUACUCAGUACCUUGUUCCUGCAACUCACAUGAGCUAUCAGGAAAUCCUUGGAGAACCUUUCUUUCAGCUGGCAGAAUCAGUGUUUAAUUGCACACCUGCAGGCAUCUUAGACUUUUGCAAGCAGGAUAUCUGUGCCUCCUCAUCGGUCUGAAAGCUGCUAUAAAGGCUUUACAAGGCAUGAGCCUCCACCAAUGCUGAAAACAAAGAAAUAGACUAGUCCUGCCUACCCAAAGCAAUCUGCAAGGAAACUGUCACCUCUGGACAUGUAUGCUGAUUAUUCUUUUGUCAUAAUCUUUGUUUUCUUUAGAAAGUAGAUUUUAUGUUUAUGAUCAUGUAAUACUACUCCUAUGUCAUCCCUUUGUUGUUUGAAGCAUAGAAUUGUGUGCAACAGCUUUCACCAGUCCUCGUAACCCACAGCACAGAAUUAGGAUCAGCAGUUCUGAUUGCCUGCUAUGGAGAAUUCAGCAUUUUUGGGGGAAUAGCAAGGUCAGUGCAGUGG